AGCCUGGCUCUGGUCCUUGCCGGUGCUGGAGUGGCCCGCUCGGGCUCGCUCGCCGAUGUUAAACAUGUGGUGAUGUUGAUGCAGGAGAACCGCUCGUUCAUGCAUUAUUUUGCGACUAUGGCCGGUGUCCGUGGCUUUGCGGAUCCCAACGUCCAGAUCAAUGAGAAUGGCAAGUCGGUGUGGUACCAGAAUGUCUCUACCCUCACCGAUGCUACGGAUUGGCUUCUCCCCUUCUGGCUGAACUACGAAGGGGGCGAUUGGCACAACCGCACCAUGUGCAUGUCUCCUGGUAGUAACGAGUGGUUGCCCACCCAGGAAGGCAUGAACAAUGGCACCAUGGACCAGUGGGCAGUCUCCUGUACGCCUCAGGCCUGGGGUUACUUCAAGCGAGAGGAUAUUCCCUUCCACUACGCCAUGGCCGAUGCCUGGACCGUUGGUGACAUGUACACGGCUGGUGUGAUGUCCGCUACCGACCCCAACCGGUGGAUGUGGCAGUCCGGAUCCAUCAACGUCCCCGGAGGCCCCCAGCCGCUCGGGGCCGGUGGUGUCGUGCUAGAUGACAACCAGACCCCAGGGUGUGAGGGCACGAACUUGAACUGUGUGCCUCUGGACUGGCCUCCCACAGCUGAGAUCUACGACAAGGCCGGUGUCGACUGGCGCGGCUACAUGAACGAAUACGACUACGUGACCAACAACGGCCUCUUCUACUUCAAGUCCAUGCAGGAGGCCGCCACCAACUCCAGUCUGUACGAGCGGGGGCUCGCAUUCAGCGACCGCAACUCGCUCGAGGGUUUCUAUGCCGACGCCGCCAACGGUACCCUGCCCGAGGUGAGCUGGAUCUUUCCCCCCGGAGCCGUCAACGAGCACCCGCCGCACACCCCCGGCGACGGCGCCUGGUUCAUGAAGAAGAUCGUCGACGCCGUCACCCACGGACCCAACUGGGACAGCACUGUUUUGAUCAUCUGCUAUGACGAAGGCGGCGGUUUCGGCGACCCCAUCUGGCCCUACCACUCGCCCCGUGGCACGGCCGGGGAAUGGCUCGAGGAUCCAUAUGGGGAACUGGGAUACACUUUUGCGGGACCAGGAAUUCGCGUCCCGAUCUUUAUCAUCUCCCCCUGGACCCGUGGCGGCAAGGUCUUCACCGAGCACACCGACCACAACUCUCAGAUCCUCUUUGUCGAAGAGUUCCUCAAGGCCAAGGGGUAUGAAAACGUCGUGACAGCCCAGAUGUCCGAGUGGCGCCGCAACCACAUGUCCAACCUCCUGAACGCUUUCGAUUGGGAUAACCCCGACUACUCUGUCCCCUCCCUCCCUCAAGCCCCCCACCCCUACACCGACUCCGACGGCGAGAUCGUGGGGACCUACGUCGCCUGCGAGGCCUAUUACUCGGACGUGGUUCCUACGAUCCCCUACGGUAACCAGACACUCGAAGACGCACUCUACUACGAGGACGGGUUCAAGAGCGUGCGCGGCAACCUGACCGAAGGCCGGUAUCUCGUCUUCGAAAUCGACGGGUACGCGCUGGCCGCCGAAGAAGAGUCCAAAAGCAGCAACGACAAGGUGACCGUGACCGCUGCGACGUCUACCCACGAGGGCCUCGCCCAGCGCUGGGUUCUCCACGUCGAGGAAACAGGCACCACGCACUUCACCAUCUCCUCCGCGCUGGACGGACGGUACAUCGGCGCUGAGGGCAAGCUGGUCACUGACGCAAACGACGCGGUGCUCUUCGAUAUUGCUUAUAUCGGCGGAGGCAAGUAUACCAUCACCGUGGUGAGCAGUGGGAAGCACCUUUACGCCAACAAGAACGGGGUCAGCUUUAAUGGGCAGGUGGUCAGCUUUGAUGUCUACAGUGUGACUUAUCAUUGACCGGGUUGGAAUUAGAU